GAAAACAAAUGGUGUCCGGUGUCAAUAAAAUCGAGCGGCGAAGUUAGUUUACCGAUAAAAUUAUAUUUAUUUGCGUAAGUGCAGGCCGUUACACAAGCUGGUGAAGCAUAUUAAUCCCGUAUUCUAGAAUUCUACAAUGCAGCUCCUUUACUUCCUAUGUUUACUGUCAAGUAUACCUUUUACUUACCAAGCCACGACCACCAGUGGAUCAGUCGAAUUAGACGAAUUUUCUUUUGAUAAGAUUACUGGAAAAUUCGAAGCUUCUCUCAUCAAGUUCGAUGUGGCUUUUCCAUACGGUGAUAAACACGAUGCAUUCGUGGCGCUUGCAAAAGACGCGAAGGACGUGGACGAUCUUUUAGUUGGUGAAGUCGGGGUGAAGGAUUACGGCGAAAAAGAAAAUGAGGAACUAGCGAGGAAGUACGGCGCUACGAAGGAGAACUUCCCAAUUGUUAAGCUGUUUAUCAAGGGCAAAAGUGAGCCAAUACAGUUUGACGAUUCCAAAGGGUUCAGCACUGACGCAUUGAGACGCUUUGUACGAGAGAACACCGGCUUGUAUCUCAGUCUACCAGGCUGCGUAAAAGAGCUUGAUAAACUUGCAAUUAAGUUCAUGAAGACCAAAGGAGAUGACAGGAAAAAAAUAUUGAAAGAAACUGAAAAUGCACAGAAGAAUCUCAGUACCAAGGAAGCACCAUCGGGAAAAAUAUACAAAACUAUCAUGGAGAAGAUUCUAGAAAAAGGUGAUGAUUUUAUCAAAACCGAAACUGAAAGAGUGAAGAAGCUCCAAAGUGGAAAAGUAUCAGAUGAGAAGAAGAAAGAACUGGGAAUUAGACUGAACAUUCUCCAGACAUUCCAGCUCUAUGACAUCAAAGGCAGAAAUGUAAAAGACGACCUGUGAUUUAAAUAAAUUAGCUUAGGAUUUAUUUAGCAAUAACAUUCCUGACUAAACUUUAGAGAA